UGAGAGAGCAUUUUUUUUUUUGGCUUCCCCCUCGGUGCGCGUGCGCAGAACAGCAGCCGGAAGCCGGAGUACGGCCGAGUGCAUGGGGUACAUGAGGGUCGGCGGAGCUUCCCACCGUCUGAUUUCAGGUGAAGUUGCAGAAGUGCUGAAUCAAUGACUGGAAUCAGUAAUGGGCUUCAUGAGAGCCAACAAACUGAAGCUUAAUCCUGAUAAGGUACAGGUUUUGUAGGCUUAGUCCCCCCCCCUUUCUGCGUGGAGCAAGCUGCCUUCAGAUUAUGUACAAUGGGACUACGGAUUCACUUUGUUGUUGAUCCUCAGGGCUGGUUCUGUAUGGGCCUGAUUAUCUUUGUUUGGCUUUUCAAUACGCUCUUCGUUCCAAAAAUUAUCCUCUUUCCACACUAUGAAGAGGAGCAUAUAUCACUGGUUACACUACUGUGUUACUACCUAGUUGCAUUUUUCUGUGUUGUCUCAUUACUGAGAGCCUCAGUAGCUGAUCCAGGAAGACUACCUGAAAGCCCAAAGAUACCAGUUACAGAAAGAGACUUUUGGGAAUUAUGUAAUAAAUGUAAUAUGAUGAGACCAAAGCGUUCCCACCAUUGCAGUCGAUGUGGACACUGUGUUAGGAAAAUGGACCAUCAUUGCCCGUGGAUUAAUAACUGCGUUGGUGAAGAUAAUCACUGGCUGUUUUUGCAGCUGUGCUUCUACACAGAACUUCUCAGUUCUUACACGCUGCUACUUGAUUUCUGCCACUGUUAUUACUUUGAACCACUAAAAGAAGUUAAUUGGGAUAUAUUUGUAUUUAGACAUGAACUUGCCCUGAUAAGAAUAUCUACCUUCAUGGGUUUAAUAAUGCUGAUUGGAAUUACGGGACUCUUUUAUACUCAAUUGACUGGUAUAUUCAAUGACACUACAAGCAUAGAAAAACUGGCAAACUGUUGCGAAGACAUAUCGAGACCCCGAAAGCCAUGGCAGCAGACCUUCUCAGAAGUUUUUGGCACUCGCUGGAAGAUCCUGUGGUUUAUUCCUUUCAGGCAAAGGCGACCACUGAGAGUUCCCCACCACUUUGCCAAUCACGUCUAAACAGAUGGAUGGUGGGCACAGAUGGGUCCUCCAUGCUGGAAGUGUGUUGCAGGUUUUGUGAUAAUAGAACCAUGACAGUCCUCAAGCCAAUUAAAAUCUACCCACCAAUCUUAGACGUCACAAUGUGCCCCAGGCUUUAUUUUAAUAAUAAUGAUCUUGAUUCCGUAUUGGGAUUAAAUGCACAUUUCUCUGUUUACUUUUAAAGUGUACUUACUUUCAAAUUAGCUUUUUAGAGGAAUUACUUUAAUAUUUGAGGUUAAUAACAAACACAGCUGAUGUACAAAGUUAUGAACAAAAUUGUUUUUAUAUUGGACAGUGUGAUAUGUUUUACAUAGAUGAAUAGGUUUCAAAAGUGUCUUGUCUGCCUUGAAUUUUUUCAUUCUUUUUUUUUUUAAUCAAUAAUACUUACUAGAUUAUGUGGCAAGACCCUUUUCCUGCUUACCUGGCUUAAAAUCCACAAAGUUGUCUUUUAUUUAUGAUGCAUGAUAUCAGUUGAACAGUUCAUCUCUAGAAAAGGGUGGCGUUUUAACACUGGGUUUUUUUUAAAGCAAGGGCAAUUUUGUGUCUUAUGUCCUCAGUUUUAUAUAUUUAAAAAGUGUCUAUUGUUCCUGUGUAAAGCAAAGCAGAAGAAUUCAGCCCUAAGUCUAAAAGGAAGAAAAAGAUUCUUUUCCUGAUUUUUGUAAAUGCAAUAAUUAGCCCUUUGUGGUAGAUGUGUAUUUUUUAAAAUUAGGCAUGAUCGAGUCAAAGUUACGCAUCUCUUCAAUCCUAAUUGGGGGGGGGGGCAUGUGAGCCACCUGCCCAUCGGUUUCCUGAAUGGUAGCUGUGCUAGUCUGUUGCAGCAAAAAUAUCCAAAGGUCUUAUAGCACCUUAAUGACUAACAAAUUUAUUAUGACAUGUGUUUCUGUGGGUUUUCGCUGCAAUCCUCAACACAUUUACCUGGGGGGUAAGUCCCAUUGAACUCAAUAGGACUUACUUCCAAGCAGACUUGCAGAAGACUGCACUGCUUAAUUUUGGCUGGAUCAUACCUAUAGGUUUUUCUGAUCGGUAUAAAAUAUAGCUAAUAUAAACAUAUAAAAUACUGUGUUGUCACUGAAAUAAUACUUGUUUUGUAUAGUCACUGCUAGAAAUAUAUAGAAUUUAAAUCACAAGCGUGCAUAGGUUGGGUAAUAUAUGUGGGAUAUAUUUUUAAAAAUAGUAUUUAUAUAUAGCAAAUAUGGAUGUUAAAAAGAUAAACAAUAGUUAAGUGUGUAUGAGAUCGUAGUAAUUUAUUAAAUUGCAGUUGGUGAUUAAAAGCGAGAUGAAGCAGGCAUACCUAUACGGCAAUAUUAGACCUGAUCAAACGGUAAUCCGAGUCAAAGAUCUAUGUUGGUGUUGAUUUCAGGUUUAUGUCAAGUACUAAUCAGGAGGAUGGGUAAAUUCUUUAAAAUAAAAUAAAAAUUAGCAAAAUAGCUCCCCAUUAAAAGGAUCCUUCCUAUUCAGAAGGCUGAUCCAGAGAAACAGUUCUGAGAAAUGUUGUGUAGAUAGCAGCAGUGCACUAAAUCAAGGACAGCAUCACAGUUUGCAGCAAGAACCCUGGCUUAACCCCAGUUGUACUGCCGGUAAAGAAGCAUUGCUGUCCUGGUGCUUUUCCGCCUUAUCGUAUCUAUUUCCUUUCGAGUGCUGUUGUCAGCCAGUUCAAACCUUGUGUCGUAACCGUCCCGAGGUACAGCGUGUGUGCAGCUCUCCCUUCGGCGGCCCGCUUUUGAGCCUUUGUGCUGCUGAUUGCUGCACGACCAGCCCUAUCAGACAUGAGUCAGGCAGGUGGCAUUGGCAAAGGAAGCAAACGCCUUCUGGUUCUUCAAAAGUUGCCGCAUGCCCAGAUUUCAGCAUAAGCGCUUUGCCCAUGGAAGCAUGAUCUGUGCUCCACUUUUGCAUAUAAAAGGUGCUCACCUGUGCAAGCAGAUUUUGCACCCUAGCAAUCUUCAGCCUGCGUGGUACUGGGCAGGCAAAUACUGCAUGUGGUUAAAGUGACUCAUGUCGGAUAGGAGAUCUGUCCUACAAAAACAGAACUAGACAUCCUAAACUGUAUCUCACAGAGAUGUAACUUUAUUAUAAACUUGAUUACAUUGUGGUUGCUAGCAAAUACUUCCAAGUAAGUAAGAAAG